UCAUGACUAACGCAUUCUUUCCGUUGAUACAUUCUUCUUCAUGUCCGGCUUAUUAGUAUCGUAUAUUUGGUUCAAGGAAUACCGCAAAGACAAGAAGAAAGUAAUGUCACCUACCGCUUGGCUCUUAUUUUACAUCCAUCGAAUAAUUCGACUUUCGCCACCUUAUUAUAUUGUGAUAGCAUUUUAUACAUUUGUAUUCAAGUCAUUCCUGGUUAAUAUGCCGGUCGUUUUAAUGACAACUGAUGAUUAUUGCGAGGAAAGUUGGUGGACCAAUUUCUUGUACCUCAAUAAUUUCAUUCAUUACAAAUAUCAAUGCUAUUUGGUUUCAUGGUAUCUGGCAACAGAUUUUCAACUCCACAUUUUCGCACCAAUAUUACUGAUACCAUUAGCUUUGAAACCCAUGUUGGGUUAUAUUACAGCUAGCUUAAUUAUACUGCUUUCAACUGCUGCAAAUUGGGUGACAGUGUACAAGGAAUACUUCCCACCAACGGAUUUCUACAUAGGUACCAUGGAUCCUAGAAUGGGUUCAUACACACGUUACUCACUUCUGAUCUAUCAAGCACCUUGGAUCCGAUGUCAGGUUUAUAUUAUAGGUAUUCUUGUUGGCUAUUUGUUCCAAACAGUGAAAACUCUUCACAUAUCAAAG